AUGGCCGAUCACGAAAAUACACCACACCCUCCAGUGAUAGCUGAGACGGGACAGCGGUCGGUCAAGGAUGAGACUCGCGAAAACGCCUGGAUUCGCUUGAUGACCAAGGUGCACUGGUAUCCCCAGGACAUGCCCUCCAAGGAGAAGAAGCUCGUGCUCAAACUCGACCUCAUGAUCCUCGUCUACGGCUGUCUAUGCUUCUUCACAAAGUAUCUGGACCAGGCAUCGCUGACCAACGCCUAUGUGACCGGCAUGCGAGAGGAACUGGGAAUGUUUGGGAACGAGCUCAACUACGCCGUCAUCACCUUCUGGUCGUCCUACUGCGUCUUCAUGAUUCCCGCCUGCUACUACCUCACCCGCUACCCCGUCAACGUUGUGCUGCCCCUCUGCGAAAUCGGCUGGGGCACGGCCACCUUUGGACUCGCCUGGGCCCAAAAUGUCGACACGCGCGAGAUUGCGCGCCGCGUAGCACUCUUCUACAUGGCCGCGCCCUCGCACCAUGUUCGCCGGCUACCGCAAGACGGCGGCGUACCGCGGCCUCACCGGCGUCGGCCGGCCUCUCGGGCUGGCGCCGGGCUCUUCAUCGUCGAUGCCAUCAUCCACAAUUCCCCAUCUCGUUUCUCGGCUUCUUCGUCUUCCCGGACGUGCCGCACCGGUCGCGGCCCGCGGUGCCUGUCACCAGACGAGCACGCCUUUGGCCGCGCGCGGCUCGCCGGCCAGACGGCGCCGUCGCAGCUCAAGGUGUCGCGCGACAUCUUUGCGCGCGUCUUCCGCCGCUGGCACUGGUACCUCUUCGUCGCGCUCUGGUCGAUCGGCAACCAGAACAACCAGAUUCCCGGUUCGCCCUUUAGCUUGUAUCUACGGGCCAACAAUGACUUGUACAGCGUCACGCGCAUCAACACGCUCCCGACAGUGGCGACGGCCGUCUCCAUCGUCACGGCCUUUACAACAUGUGCCGUCGCCGAUCGCAUUGGGCGUUUCUGGCCGCUGCUGCUGGCCGUGUCGGUGCCGACAGUCGUGGCGCACGCGCUGCUCGUAACGUGGCAUAUCGGUGAGGCAGGACGCGUCGCGGCCUUCACGAUUGGCGGAUUCGAGGGUGCGCUGUUCCCACUGACCAUGGCGUGGGCGACGGUGGCCAUGGCGGGGGACGCCGAAGAGAGGGCUGUUGUGACGGCGAGCAUGAAUGCCAUCGGGCAGGCGAUUGUCGCAUGGAGUCAGUUGCUGCAGUUUCCGGCUGUCGAGGCACCACGGUUCAAGAAGGGGUUCCUCGCCAAUCUAUUUCGUCCACUGCCCCUCCGGGAAGGUGAUAGAACAGUCUCAGCCGACGCCGUCUCAGUGGCUGGCGUCGACGGUGCUCCCCCGCGAUUUUACCCCGCCGUUAUCUCUGGGUCGGUUGUCUGCAUGUCGUCUCUGCUCGUCCUGGUCCCUGUCUCACCUCGCGUCGCCUUCGCUCGCGGCCACCUCCGCUUCGGGGUUGGUCUCCCCCUACUGGCGAGGAGCAGCUUAUCAGCGCCGUCACCUCCAAAGUGGGGUAGAGAGUGCAUGAUGGGAGUGCCAUGCGACGGCAGCUGA